CUGAUGUUUACACGUGAGACGGACAGGAGGACUAAACCUCAGAUAAACAGGCUUUAAAGGACAUGCUUUUCAGCAUAUUUAUUAUCAAGGAGUAGUGUUUCAUACUGUACUUAAAGAUAUCCACUUACGGUUUCUCUCAGUUAUAGGUCUCUGUGCGUCUAUGUUGAGUUUAUAGGACUCGGAUUCUACUUUCAAAAUGGGAAAGCUGAGGAAGAAGCAUAACUGGAAAGCGAGACAACUUACAGACGACAAACAACCGUCUACCACAGAAAAGUCAAGUGUUGUACUUGAACUGACAGAUGGAGGGAGGCUGAAGGGAGUUGAUGAAUGCAAUGCACUCAUCCUUCCGGCCAAAAAAACAAAGAAAAAAAAAGUGCUGCCGCCCGUCUCCACUAAGAAACGCCUCACAAAGAAACUGAAGAAGGAACUGCAGAAGGUUCUGGAACGGAAAGAGAAGAAAGCUAAGAGAGCCGAGGUCUUGAGCCGACUAGCUGAAGUACAGCUGCCUGAGUCUGAAAUGAAGCUGCUGUAUACCACAUCCAAACUGGGCACGGGAGAGAAGCUCUACCAGACCAAACAAAUAUUGGAAGAAACAAAUGAAGCCUCAAAGAUCAGCAGUGUUAGCGGAGCAAACAGGAAAAGGAAAUGGGAGGAUGAUGAAGAAGAGGAGGAACAAGGGGACGAAGACAGCAGUGAUGUGGAAACAUCGGAAGACGAUGAUGAUGCCAACGAAGACGAAAAGGAAGGGGAUAUGUUAAGUGAUGUGAUAAAAACAGAGGAGACAGCAUCUGCUUGUCAGCAACCUGCAGAAGAAAUAUCAGUCAAAGCUGCAGAAGAAAAAUCAGCAGGAGAUGAAAAGGCGAAGACUGAUCAAGUCCAGCUCAAGCCAGUAUCAGAGCCGGCCAUCUUCAUUCCAGUUGAAAGAUCUCCAGAAGUCCAAGCGUCUCGUCUGAAGCUGCCAGUGCUGGCGGAGGAGCAGGUGAUCAUGGAGGCUGUGAAGGAGAAUCCCUGUGUCAUCAUUUGUGGCGAGACAGGAAGUGGCAAAACCACUCAAGUGCCCCAGUUUCUGUAUGAAGCAGGCUAUGCCAGUGGAUCAGGGAUCAUCGGCAUCACAGAACCUAGACGAGUGGCAGCCGUCAGCAUGUCGCAUAGAGUGGCCAAAGAGAUGAACUUGUCCACACGAGUGGUGUCGUACCAGAUCCGUUAUGAAGGGAACGUGACGAACGAGACGAAAAUUAAGUUCAUGACAGACGGUGUUUUACUGAAGGAGAUUCAAAAGGACUUUCUGCUCCAGAAGUACAGCGUCAUCAUCAUUGAUGAAGCUCAUGAACGCAGCGUCUACACAGACAUUCUCAUCGGGCUUCUGUCUCGCAUUGUGCCGCUCAGAAACAAGAAGGGGCUGCCCAUGAAGCUGCUGGUCAUGUCGGCCACCCUGCGAGUGGAGGACUUCACAGACAACCAGAAGCUGUUCAAGAAGCCACCGCCAGUUGUCAAGGUGGACGCUAGGCAGUUUCCUGUCACCAUCCACUUUAAUAAGCGCACGCCGAUGGAGGACUACACUGGAGAGGCUUUUCACAAGACCUGCAAGAUCCACCGCAUGCUCCCUCCAGGUGGCAUCCUGGUCUUCUUGACUGGACAGGCAGAAGUUCACAGUCUCUGCAGACGACUCAGGAAAGCUUUCCCCUUCAGGAAAAACCACUCAAACACCGUUGAGGAAGACGAGGAGGACAAGACAUGGGGGAAUGUCAAAAAGAGCAAGAGAAAGAAAGCUGUGGCUCUGCCACGCAUCGACUUAGACAACUACUCCUCACUGCCCGUGGAUGAAGGCGACGAGGACCGGGAGGCCGGCAUCGAUGAGGAUGAAGGCUCUGACUUGGAGAUCGGGGAUCAUCCUGAGGGUGCAGAGGAAAAAGCAGAUCCAUCCAUCCCCAUGUAUGUUCUUCCUCUUUACUCACUGCUGGCCCCCGAGCAGCAGGCCAAGGUUUUCCAGCCUCCUCCUCCAGGGGCUCGUCUCUGCGUUGUGGCCACCAACGUGGCUGAGACGUCUCUGACCAUCCCCGGCAUCAAGUACGUGGUGGACUGCGGUCGAGUUAAGAAGCGGUUCUACGACCGAGUGACCGGAGUGUCGUCCUUCAAGGUCACAUGGACGUCACAGGCUUCAGCCAAUCAGAGGGCAGGAAGAGCCGGCCGAACAGAGCCGGGUCACUGCUACAGGUUGUACUCAUCUGCUGUGUUUGGAGACUUCAAUCUGUUCUCAGAGGCUGAGAUAACUCGCCGGCCUGUAGAGGACCUGGUCCUGCAGAUGAAGGACCUCAACAUUGACAAGGUGGUGAACUUCCCCUUCCCCACGCCUCCCUCUGGUGAAGCUCUGCUGGCGGCUGAACAGUUGCUCAUUUCUCUGGGAGCUCUGGAGGAGCCCCCGCGCACUGGGAGGGCCAAAGAGAUGGAGCGAGCCAGGCUCAGCUCUCCUAUCACCCCCCUUGGGCGAGCAAUGGCUUCCUUCCCGGUGUCGCCUCGCUACGGUAAAAUGCUGGCGCUAGGAAAACAACAGGACUGCCUCCAAUACGUUAUCGCCGUGGUUUCCGCCAUGACAGUCCGGGAGAUUUUUGAAGACUUGGAUAGACCUGCAGGCAGCGAAGAUGAGAACUCUGCUCUCGUCCAGCGCCGAGCUCGACUGACCCAGAAGAAGAGACUUUGGGCUGGUCAGGGAGCUGCGCUUCUGCUGGGAGACCUCAUGGUGAUGCUAGGUGCUGUUGGUGCUUGUGAAUUUGCCGGCAGCACACAGACAUUCUGCCAAGACAACGGUCUCAGAUACAAAGCCAUGAUGGAGAUCAGGAGGCUCAGAGGACAGCUGACAAACGCAGUGAACUCAGUGUGUCCAGAGAUUGGAGCUUUUGUGGAUCCUAAGAUGGCUCCUCCCACCGAGCACCAGGUGGCUUGUCUCAGACAGGUGGUCCUGGCUGGACUCGGCGAUCAUUUGGCCCGGAGGGUGCAGGCCGAGGAGAUGCUGGACCCGAAGUGGAAGAAUGCCUACAAGACACCACUGAUGGACGACCCUGUCUUCAUUCACCCCAAGUCUGCUCUCUUCAAAACAAUGCCGCAGUUUGUCGUUUACCAGGAGAUCAUGGAGACCACCAAGAUGUACAUGAAAGGUGUGUCAGCGGUUGAACCAGACUGGAUCCCCAGACUUCUACCUCAGUACUGCCAUUUCAGUUCUCCUCUCGAGAAGCCGGCUCCACGGUUCUGUCCAACCACUGGCACCAUUAGGUGCCACAGAACCAGCACCUUCUUCCGAGUCAGCUGGCAGCUGCCUGCUGUGGAGACAGAAUAUCCCGACAACCUUGACAGAUACAAACUGUUUGCCCAGUUUCUGCUGGAGGGCGAGGUUUGUCCGACACUUAAGAAACACAGAAACCAUCUGCUGUCCAACCCGUCCAUCAUGUUGAAAAGCUGGGCCAAGCUCCAGCCCAGGACCGAGGUACUGCUUGGAGCGCUGGUGUCGAGGAGAGUGAACAACAGGGACACGCUUCUGUGCAUCUGGAGAACAGACAGUAAAUACCUGCUGUCUCCAUACUGCCAGUGGUUGCCCGAGUCUUUGCAUGAGGACGCCGCCAAGAGUUGGCCUCCUGUAUGAAGUCUUGACCUGAGCGCUAGGACACAUACCUGCCAACUCUUUUAUUACAGUGCUGUUCCAUACAUUUGUAUUUAAUACCUGUAUAGUAAUUUGGAGUUGAGUCAACCUCUGGUGUGACAUUUUGUAAUCGUUCCACUCUGUAAUUUCUGCUGUCUUUGGUCUUCAUAAGACCCAUUAAAACUCCCAUACUGUGGUGAUUUGUUUCCUCUAUCAUAAUUGCCAUUAUUUUCUGGAUGGACAGAUAAAUCCUGUAGGUUUCAUGGAAGUUAUGCAAAUGUAUAAACUGAAUCGAUAUGUAAU